UGUGGCGUUUGUGUCAAAUCAAAUGUGUGUCCGGUGGUGAUUUAUCUGGAUAAGAGUUUGAAGUUCAACAAUGACAGGCUACGGUCUAAAAUACGACGAAGACAGCUGCGAUUCAGGCUUCGAAAUCUCCUACAAAUCCGAAACGACAGAGUACACAGACGAUCGUAGCGACCUCUUCGACUUCGACCAUCAAGAAUACACAACCCCCACCAAAACACCAUCAAUCGCAACCAACUUCAAUCCUGCUCUCUACAACAAAUUCAAUUCAGCUUUCUACGGUAGCCUCAAGGAAAUUGACCGUAGGCCAACACAAUGGCCACCAAAUUGUAGAAGAAAUUUACUAAACGAUUUCAACGAUAAAAUCGUAGAAGAACCAUCAACAACAGAAAAACAGAAGAAACGUUAUGCUACAGGAAGAAACCGGGUAUCCAGAGCUAAAAGCCCCACGCAAAUAAUGCGAAUCAAAAAAGUGAGAAGACUUAAAGCUAAUGACAGAGAAAGAAACAGAAUGCACAUGCUUAACGAAGCAUUGGACAGGCUUCGUUGCGUCCUACCGACAUUUCCCGAAGACACCAAACUGACCAAAAUCGAAACGUUGCGGUUUGCGCAUAACUACAUCCACGCACUCGCGGAAGCAGCUAAAGAUGUAGACAAAUAUUCAACAGAAGAGAAUGUUAUAAUCAAUGUGGGCAACAUGCAAGUGGCAAUAACCAAAGAAGACGACAGCAUUUCUUCGAAACCGUACGAAGAGGGAAAGUCAAAUGCUUCAGUAAUAAGUGGAAGUAUAACGAAUGCUAGUUUUAUGCAAGACUAUAAUAUGGGAUUCAAAAAUGAACAUUACCUGCAGAGGCCUUUUUCUACUAGUCCAAAUGAACAACUGCCUUAUCAGUAUCAGAAUGAAAUGGUGCCUUAUUCCAAUGAUUCCUAUUUUCAGCAAUAUUCAAAUCAGAUUCAUGGAUUUAAUAAUAAUGGAAUGUACGAUUAUAAUGGUUAUAUGAAGAUGCAAACGUAGGAUUGUGAGUUUAUUGUUGGAUUCUAUAUAAUUUUUUAGCAAUAUUUUUAUUUAUAUACAAAUUUUGUCUCAAUUAUUGAGAAAACUAACGUUUGUGUCCUUAUUUUGAAACUUGAAGAAUAUGUUUUAUUUCCUAUGUUUUUUUUUUGUUUUAUUUUUAAGUAUAUUUUCAAAUUGUACCUAUACCUACGAUUCUAGUCAAUGAAAAAAAUCAACGCUUUUAACUGUAUCUAGUCUUAAAUAAUGUUAAAGUUUU